UUUAGUUUGGUGACUGAUCGUGGCCGGGAUCACAUUUUCCUCUGCGGACUCAUUUGGCGGUUAUAACAUUUAGCUGAAAUUUUAUAUAAAUCUAGGCAUUUUUUUUUUAAGUAUCUUUUGAUUAAUGUUUGUAAUUCUCAGCAGUUUCCUUUCAGUACUCGGCGAACGCGCCCCUCAGGGUGUCGGCAUCGGCAUGGGCGUGCUGGUCAGCGUGCUCGCCCUGACUCUGUGGUGCCUGCAGAGAGGAGGCUCCGUGCCGCAAGGGCCACGAGUGAGUCUCCCUGUCCUCAGGCCUGGUUUGGAGGGACACACACACCUACCAUUGGAUAAGAUGGUCCAGCAGACUAUUCGCGCCGCGGCCAACGUCCUCGCUUCCCAGCCUCCCGCCUGUCACUUCACCCUCCUCCGGGAGCACACCAACGAUUCCGUCCCACAAGUCGCUGCCGCCAUCCAGAGCCUCAAACGAGAAGUGUGGGCCUUCCAACGCCCUCUGCAGAUCCUGACCCUGGGGCUGGCGACGCUCCGGGAGGAGGCCACGUGGAGGAGGUCUGUGUGUGACGUGUACGUGCUGGUGUUGGGGGAUGGACGCGAGUUCGUGCGUCACGCCGAUGACCCCGUCGCCUCCACGUCAAAGGGACUUUGGAACUUCAAGGGUCGGUACAUAUUACUGCUGCUCGGGUCGUUGGGCCCCAAGAGAUUAUCGGGGCUGUCGACAGUGACCAAGACCGCCAAAGUGCUGAUGCUGCAGCCGCUGGGGAACAGAGUGUUUGUCUGGACACAGCGACUCUUCCCGCGAGGCUCUCCUCCGCGUCUCCUCCAUUCCUGGCGCGAUGAAAAUCGUCGACCUGAACGACUGCGCUUCUUUAACAGAGAAAACGACUUAAGAAAUUCAGUGCUGCGCGUUUCCACUUUUGACCAUCCGCCCAGCGUCGUCUACGUUCAGGACGACGCAGGGCGUGUUGUGCGGCGGCUGGGCGUGGACAUGCAGCUCAUAGAGACUCUUGCCAGAGUCAGAAACUUUACGCUAGAAUUCAGUGAAGUGAGCCACGAAGAACUUUGGGGCUACGAGCUCCCGAACGGCACGUGGGUGGGGCUGGUGGGGCAGGUGCAUCACGAGAUGGUUGACCUCGGGACGUGCAACCUGUUCCUUGAGACUCACCGCGCCAAGCUGGUCGACUAUUCCUCGCCGUACAACUUCGAGCGCGGCUGCUUCCUCACCCCGUCACCCACGCCGAUCAGCAGCUGGCGCUCAUCAACGAUGCCGUUCACUUGGAGCACUUGGGUGGCCACAGGUGUCUCGCUCGCUCUAGGGGGAGUGCUGCUGCGUCUUCUUGUGGCAUUCAGUAGUCGACUUGAACCGCGUGAAUUUAGAAGCCUGUCCUACGGUUACCUGUACGUGCUGGGCUCCCUCUCCUCCCGCUCACUAAACCUGACGCCGCACGGCCCCUCACUGCGGAUGUACGUGGGCGUUGUGUGGCUCGCCACGCUCAUUCUCUCCACCGCCUACUCGGCCAACCUUGUGGCUUUCCUAUCAGUGACGCAGCUGGCGGCGCCCAUCAAUACGCUGCAGCAGCUGGCAAAGAGCGGCCUGCGCCUCGGGGGUCACGCGUUCUGGAAGACGCAGUUUAGGGCUUCAAUCGACCCUGUAGUGAGGAGUUUCGUUGAUCGGUUGGAAGAUCAUGUCGAUCUUGAUUCUUUGUUUGAUGACGUGGCUGCGGGGCGUUACGCUUUGAUCGAGAAUCGACAAUACUUGGAAACAAUAGCAGGGGCGCGCUACCCCAGAGGGCGAAACUCACUGCGCAUAGUGCCGCAGUGUCUCCUCACGUACAGUAUAGGCGUCGCCUUUCCCCAAAACUCCCCACUCGCUGACCUCCUCAACCCCUUGAUCGUCCGCGUGGUGGAGGCCGGCCUCGUCCUCAGGUGGCGGCGGGAAGUAGUGGACUACUACCGCAGCCAGUCCGUGGACAGCCGCAGCGUCCUAGACGCCGCCGUCUCGUCAAGGACCACCGCACUGGCCCUCACCCACCUGCAGGGGGUAUUUUAUGUCCUGGCUAUUGGCUAUUUACUAGCACUGAUGGCGUUCCUGGCUGAACACUUACCCUCAGGCCCUUCAGGUUCACGCACUUCGAGCAGGGUUCAUUAACUCUUUGUGAGCACUGGAUACGGAGAUACUUCAGCCUGUAUUGCAGGAUUUUCUAGGCCGCAGCAAGGACGAUCCCCACCUCGGUAUUUAUGUUUUACAUCGUUUACGUUUUGGCCGGAUCAGUCGAGUAACGGUUCCCAGGUACAUCCUGUAAAGGCACACUCACUUUCUUCCCCAAACACACAUCAUGUACAAUUUCCCAUCUCACCUCUGGCCUGCUUUCCAUCAAACAAGAAUCACAAUAUCGAUUCAUACCGAGCAAUCCGGCAGCGUUGCCCUUUUGGAUGAUCUUAUUAUAUUUUUCACGUGAGAGGCAUCUUACGUUGUACUUUCGUUCGUUUCCAAAGAUUAUAAUCCUCUGACCGUUCUUCCCUUGUUUUAGCCUUUACACGUCUUAGACAUAUUUUCGACAAACAAACUUUUCUCAAUAUUCGUUGUGGCUCCUAAAAUUCGUUGUGUAAUUAACAUUUUACAUCCAAGGAAAACAAAACGGAUCUCAGGAUCCCUGGCGCCUAAAAGAGACAAAAUAAUCUUAACUGAUGAAAUCAUUCAGAGAAAAAAGUUAACCUGCAUCAAAGCACAUUUUAAGUAUUCCCAGUUUCUGUAAUUUCGCAGCUGUUGAAACUUUGAUAAACAUCUUUGGUUCACACAAGAGUCAUUGUUGAAAAUUCUGCGAUGGCCGUUUCAAUGAUCAUUAUGUUCUCAAUACUGUGUAUGUACCUGUACCUGUGCACGGUUCAUUAGAUUUUUACAUGCCAGACAAAAACUGAAAUGAGAUGAUUUAUACGGUUAGACUUUAUAAAAAUGCUCAUUUACUGUUAGUGGUUUUUAUUCUCAUUUACAUAACCAGCUGUGGCCAUGAAUAAAAAAUAGC